AUCUUUUUUAUGUCACAGCUGGGAUGGCCUUUUACGUAGCUCUCCUGUUUGGCAUGCUGACAUGUUGGCAGCGGUGUGCGGAGCUGAGAUAGCGAGUGUGUCUGUUCAGGGGCAGCGAUGAAAAGGUGCAGUUUGGAGAGAGGACAACAGGAAUAACACCAACUAAAACGAGACACUGUGUGAUGAGGGACGCUACAACAAAAGCUAUGGCUGGACCCAGGCCUGUGGUGCUUAGCGGCCCAUCGGGGGCAGGGAAGAGCACUCUGCUGAAGAAACUCAUGAAAGAAUACGACAGCGUGUUUGGCUUCAGCGUAUCCCAUACAACAAGAAACCCUCGACCUGGAGAAGAGAACGGGAAAGAUUACCAUUAUGUUACACGGGAAGUGAUGCAGGCAAGGAUCGACAAUGGCGAAUUCAUCGAGAACGCAGUGUUUUCAGGGAACAUGUACGGGACAAGUAAAGCUGCUGUGCAAGACGUCCAGGCCAAGAACCUUAUUUGUAUACUUGACAUUGACAUGCAGGGUGUGAGGAACAUCAAACGGACCGACCUCAGUCCUAUCUACAUCUCCAUCCAACCACCAUCCAUGGCAGUCCUGGAGAAACGUUUAAGAGACAGAAAAACUGAGUCAGAGGAGAGUCUCCAGAAGCGUUUACAUGCAGCUAAAGUAGAUAUGGAGUUUAGUAAAGAACCUGGCAUGUUUGAUGUCAUAAUCAUCAAUGAAGAUUUGGAGGAUGCCUAUGGGAAGUUGAAAGAAACUCUUAUUGAGGAAAUAAAUAAAGUCAAGAAAGUCGGCAUGUCUUCGUAGGGGACGAGCAUCGCAACACCUUUUUAGUCCCGUCCAGCCACUCCUCAAAAAACCGCAGACCUCCAUUCCAGUCGUCAACAUUCCCUCAAAUGGCGGUCUGUGAAGCUCAGACAAGAUCCCUCAGCGGAUACAUAGAUGCGUAGCUUUUACACAGUAUUUAGAAGUAGUUGUUAUCAAAUGGUAACAUAUUGUAACGUGGAACAUUUUCUUUUUUUACUGACAGGGUGCGCUUUCCAGAUUCUUACUUUCAUUUGUAUGAAAAAAAGAUACUCCAAUAAUGCUUACUUGAUAUGUGACAGGCAUGGUAUACAGGUCGUUGGACGUGGUUACUGAACAUGGGUAUACUGCUUGCAGCCUCGUCCUUAUAUCAUCUUGGACUAACACAAGAGUAACAUAACUCAUUCCAACAUGUGGGUAAACUGGUCUGUCAAGGGUAUGAAUAAGCACAUCUCUGGAUUUCUUGGUUACUGAUAGUGAGUUAUGCUACUCUUAUUUCUAGAGGUUUUUUUUAGUGUGCAGUCAAGACUGGGUUGAUGGUGGAAAUGAGUUUGAGAGUCAGUCCGAAAUAUUCAUCCCCUGCAUGUGUUUACUUCAGGCAGGAAAUACAGCUAUAGCAUUAAGACUGAUUUCUGGAACAUGGCGGCUGUUUACUUCCAGCGGGUACAUGCAAGUCAACUAUGCUGUUGAAACAAAAAAACUAUUCCAGUGCUGGUUAAUGUUUUUUUUCUUUCUUUUUUUAAUAGAUUCCCACUUAAGUUUGCUGUAGAUCAAUAAAUGCUGCUGUGCGCUUUAAGGAUUGAAUCCCAUGAAAUAUAGGUAAUGUCCCUUGAAACUAAAAAAACUGGUAUGUGGAAUGUCCUUUAGGAUAUGACUUUUUUAUUUUUUUUGUGGAGUUAUGACAGAACAAUUUAACUGUUUUAUUUUACAGUUGUAAAUUUGUAAAACUUUAUAUUAUGUAAUAGUAUCAUUAGGCAGCCUCACCUCUACAGCAAAAUGGUAUUCAGUGGACUGUUUGGAUUCUUAACAAAAGGAUAGCUUUUUAACUUUGAAGAUAUAUUGCUUAGAAUCAAGCACACUAUAAAUCCUUUUUACUGUAAAACUGAGAAAAUAUUUAUAUCCUGUUAUCCUGUCACCUUCCCAGUGGAUAACAUCUGUAAUUUGGUACCUUUUUUAUUUCUUCAUACGAUCAAUUCAAUUUCAUGGGAUAUUAAAAAUUCACAGAUUUUGUGACACCCAUUCCUUUUUUCAUAUGAUUUUAUAUACCUGUCAUGAUGUAAUAGUGCAAAUGUUACAUCAUACUCAAAUAGAUGCAUGCAGUCCUCUACUUUGCCAUUUAACCAGCUCUUAAAAAUGUGCUACUUGUGUCAUUAUACAUUUCUUAAAUCCAUUAAACAGCCAGCAUUGACAUAAUGUUGCUUGUUGA